AUGUUCUCCCGGUCGCCGUCCCUGUUGCGCAUCCCUUCUUGGUGCAGCCAUCAUCGUCGUGUGUUGCUUCGGCCGAAUUCUCGCUUUUUGAGCUCAAUUGACGGACAACAUACCAAGGCACUGCCAGCGCGACUCGACAUGACAGAAACAUUGACCGUUCCGCAAAGGCUGGCCCUCGCCAAAUGGGCUCAUAGCCUGGGCGACAUCACACCCACACUUCCUCGUGCCGCCGAAUGGGUACAGGAACACUUCGGAAAGAAGGUAUCCGAGGCUGCGAUCCGAUCAGCCCUGGAGCGGGCCAAUCUGCCUGGAGUUUUUCAUCCCUACAUGCUCCAUUUUGACCACAUGACUGACUUCCUCAAGGACGACGGCGAGAUCGGGCCCCUCAUCCGCCUAGGCUUCGGCAGAUACCUUGCGGACAUGCCCGCCGGCGCGUUCCCCACAGCCGUGGCAACAUGGCGCGCGUUGACCCUGACCUACUUGGAACUGGCGAUGCUGUGGUUUAUCGAGCAGAUCACCAACAAGCCCGACUGGCAUGUCAAGGUCUUCAACGGCGACAUCGUUUCCAAGUGGAAGGCCGAAGUCAUGGCCGUCGAUUGGGCCGCCGUCGACCUCGAGCAUGCCCACUUCGACGACGCCAUGUUCAACUGGUGCCUCGCCGAGCUCCGCGAGAAAGCCAAGCUUUAUGAGGCUACCGGCUUGGUCCCCGUCUUCGAUGUCAGCACCGCUGUCGUCAAGUCCGACAAUGCCAUCCCUCCAGAGGUCAAGGAGGAGCUCAAAAAGGGCGUGGCCCUUCUCGAAGACGUCCAAGAGCACGAAAAGGACUGGCAUCCUGGCAGUGACGGUAAGGUUCUCGACCUGGUCCACCCUUCCCUCUGGCCACUUGUCUACGGCCUUUCUCGCAUCGUUCCCGACAAACGCAUACCUCUCGAGAAUAUUACGGAGACCUGCGGCACAGGCCAGACCAUCCCGGCGCUGGCCGAGUUGAAGUUUGUCGAGCCCAUGUGGGAUACGCACCGCACCACCAAGGGCCUCUGGUCAACCAAGUUCCAGUGGCUCCCGUGCGACGUUGACAUCGAAGAGGGUAAGCCCAAAAUCAGGAGCUAUAUCAACAACCUUCACCCCCAGCACCACGCCGGUCUCUACAACACCAUCGAGAAGGUCAUUGAAAAGACCCUUCCACUCUGGGAUGUCGUCUACAGAUGGCACAAAGACUUUGAGUACCUCCGCAUCCCCUGCAAGAGGGCCGUAAGAGACUGUCAGGCUGGGUGUCCCGGAUGCUGCGACCCCGAAAACCGACCGCAGGAGCCGGAUGAGAACGAGCGUGAUAUGGAUGACUAUGACGACGAUUGGGAUGAGGAUCAUGACGGGCCCGAGUCACUUACAUGGCGACGCGAUCAGAUCUGGUUUAAGGAAACCCAUCCCGUCACGAAACCCGACGUCCCUGGAUACAGACCGAUGCGCCUCCGGCCUGAGGACGUCAAACUUGAGAGCGGCUUCUUCCAUGCCGCUGACCGCAUUCAGGUCAUCGUCAAGCUCGCCAACAUCCACCUCACGCCAGACAAGCCGACUUACGACGGUGGCUCCUGGCACAUUGAGGGCCAGCUCAACGAGCACAUAUGCGCCACGGCGCUGUACUACUAUGAUAGCGACAACAUCACCGAGAGUCGCCUUGACUUCCGCACCAACGCCAACGGUGAGGCGCUUGACGAGGAGCUGGAAUACGAGCAAGAGGAUCACUACGCCAUCAGCCGCGUCUUUAAGAUCAGCUCGUACCACGAAACAAUGCAGGACCUUGGCGGCGUGCUCACGCGCGAAGACCGUUUGCUCGCCUUCCCCAACGUCUACCAGCACCGCGUGACGCCGUUCGAGCUUGCCGACAAGACGCGCCCGGGUCAUCGCAAGAUCCUGGCGCUGUUCCUCGUGGACCCGGCCAUGCCCGUAAUCAGUACGGCGAACGUUCCGCCUCAGCGAAGGGACUGGUGGAAAGAGGGCGUGGCGCCGGACAACCGCAUCGGGCCGCUGCCGGCCGAGGUGGCCGAGAUGGUGUUCGACAACAUGGAGUUCCCCAUCGGGCUCAAGCGGGCCAAGGAAAUCAGGGAGGAGCUGAUGUCGGAGAGGAAGGCGAUCGACUCGCGUGCCAUGUUUAGGACUGAGAGAGACACUUGGAACUUUUGUGAACACUGA